GGCAAGGAGGCAUUUCCUCCUUGUGAGACAGGUAAGCAUGCUGGCCAGCUCUCGCCUUUUCAGGCCAGUAGAAGUGAGAGAGAAAAAUGGCCUAGCUAGCAUUUGUCCAUCUCUUUGAUUUCCCGCUCAUUCCAGUUAGGGGACACUACUGGCUGCACCUUGUAAAUCCCCCAGAGUAGCCGGUUCAGGCACAUUAUCAUCUCUGUAUUUGAGAGAGUUCAAGAAGACUGAAGACAACAAGCCUGAUCAGCCAGUUUGUUCCAGUUUUGAACGACAUGAGGUGUGUUCUGUUGUAGUUUCAGAAAAAAUGAAAGUGAAAAUAUCAGACUGAGAGACGGAGUCUGUAAAAUGGAGGCUAAAGCUUUGAUUCCUGAGGACGAUCUGUGUUGCUCUGUAUGUUGUGAUAUUUUUAAAGAGCCUGUUGUCCUGAAAUGUAGCCACAGCUUCUGUGGAGUGUGUCUGAAGCAGUACUGGGAAGAGAAGAGCUCUCGAGAGUGUCCCAUCUGCAGGAGAAAGGCCUCUAUGGAUGAUCCUCCUAUAAACUUGGCUUUAAGAAAUAUUGUGGAGUCCUACUUAAACCAGAAGACUGAGAGAGAAACUACGCACAAGAGUGAUGCUCGGUGCAGUCUUCAUGGGGAGAAACUUCUAUUCUUCUGUGAACAUGACAAAGAGCCUCUCUGUCUCGUCUGUCAGACAUCAAAAAAACACAGAAACCACCCCGUCUGUCCAGUGGGAGAGGCUGUACUGGAGCUGAAGGAGGAACUCAAGCCUGCACUUAAUCUUAUUAAAGAAAAACUGAAGAGGUUUACUGAGGUUGAACAAGAAUGUAAGAAAACAGCUGAACACAUCAAGAGUCAGGCCCAGCACACAAAGAGGCAGAUAAAGGCAGAGUUUGAGAAGCUCCACCAGUUCCUGCGAGAGGAAGAGGAGGCCAGACUAGCUGCUCAGGGGGAGGAAGAGCAGCAGAAGAGUCGGAUCAUGAAGGAGAAGAUAGAAAACAUCACAGGACACAUCUCCACUCUUACAGACAAAAUCACAGCUAUAGAGAAGGCAAUGGACACAGAAGACACCUCCUUUUUACAGAGCUACAAGAACAUCAAGGAAAGAGCCCAGUGCACACUGCAGGAUCCAGAGCUGCUGUCAGGGGCACUGAUAGAUGUGGCCAAACACCUGGGCAACCUGAAGUUCAGAGUCUGGGAGAAGAUGCUGGAGGUGGUGCAGUACACUCCUGUGGUGCUGGACCCCAAUACUGUACGUGCCACUCUCUCUCUCUCUGAUGAUCUGACCGCUGUGAGACACACAGGUACAGAGCAGAAAUAUCCUGACAACCCAGAGAGGUUUAAACUCUAUGUGUGUGUGCUGGGAUCUGAGGGGUUUACCUCAGGGACACACAGCUGGGAGGUGAAGGUGGGGAAUAAACCUAGGUGGGCUAUAGGAGUGGUGAAAGAGUCCAUCAGUAGGAAGGGAAGUAUAACAUGCAGCCCAAAGAGAGGAUUCUGGAUCUUAGUGCUGAGGGAUGGUGAUGAGUACUGUGCAUUUGGAGCUGCUGCCCUCACACUGAAGAGGAAGCCCCAGAGCAUCAGAGUGCAGCUGGACUAUGACACGGGGAUGGUGUCCUUCUUCGACUCCAGUGAUAUGUCCCACAUUUACACUUUUAAAGACACAUUUACUGAGAGAGUGUUCCCAUACUUCUCUCCACAUUCGAGAAAAGAUAACAAUGAUGGACCCCUGCAAAUAUGCCCAGUGAAAAUCUCUGUGAAAGUGAUGUAAAACCAGUGAAGGUAUUUGUUUUAAAAAUGAACAAAGUAGAGAUGUUGUACUUGAAAAGACCUUUUGUUGUUUCUAAUGUGCCUCAGCAUGCCUGGUUGCUGAUUUGGGUACUCUGGGGUAGACUUGCUGGAGAUGUGAAUUGAUGAAGGUGAGGUGGUUGAUGGCCUACCAGAAACAAAUGGGAGGCAGACAUACACUCAAAUAUAAGUGAUCAUUUGGUUAAUGUAAUCAGCCUCAGUAUGCAUGAAUACUGAUUUGGGACAGACCAGAGGAAGUGCUAAGGGGGAUGUUUUAGUAGUCUGUCAGAAGAGAGCAGACAUUCAUGCAGAGGUAACAGUUACUGCUUGAUUUCCUGAAACUUCAUUGCUUGAUUUUGUUCUGGAAAAGGGGUACAAAUCUGGUGCUUGAGCAACACUGUAUUGUGACUUACCUGCAUUGCUUUUACCUUAUAUCUUUCAUGCUGUACAGGAGACAAUUUUUGUUUAUUAAUAUAAAUUGAUAUUGAUCAAAAGUUUUGAACUAAGAAUUUUACUUUGCAAAGGACCAAAUUCCAUCAUACCUAAAGAAUACUAUGGAAGAAAUCAAUUUAUUAUUAUUAUGAUUAUUAUUAUUAUUAUUGUUAAUAAUAAUAAUAAUAAUAAUAAUAAUAAUAAUAAUAAUAAUCAUUAUUAUGAAUUCAUUAAUUGGGUUUUGUUUUGAUCUAGCUAAUAGGACAAAUCAUUUCAUAUAAUGUUUAUACAUAAAGCAGAUUCUUCUUGUUUAAUCAAAUUCUUUUAUAUCUGAUUUCUUUAAUUCCUGGGUGGAUAAGGCAGUGUACAAGCUUGAAAUGUUUGCGUAUCGUGAGCUCUAUUCAGAUUGAUUGCAUCAGUCUCCUGUGCUCUUCAGAUUUUACUUUACUGAUGCAGUGAAGAAUAAAUUCACCCUGUCAGGUCCAUGCUGUAGGAUUUACAUCUGAGCCUUCAGUUGCCUCACCUGCACACUUGCCAUUGGUCUCUCAUUCCCUUUCAUUGAAUGUCAGUUAUUAUACGACAUUUAUUAGAAUAAUCAACCAUAAUUAAAUAAUUGAUUUACACAAUUUAAUUGAUUUUACAUGAAUUACUUUUUCUAUAAGGCAAUAGCAAUAAAAAAUAUAUACUUUAUUAGGUACACCUAUUCAACUGCUUGAUAACACAAAUAUCUAAUCAGCCAAUCACGUGGCAGCAACUCAAUGCAUUUAGGCAUGUAGACAUGGUCAAGACAAUCUGCUGAAGUUCAAACCAAGCAUCAGAACGGGGAAGAAAGGUGACUUAAGUGACUUUGAACGUGGCAUGGUUGUUGGUGACAGAUGGGCUGGUUUGAGUAUUUCAUAAACUGCUGAUUUACUGGGAUUUUCACACACAACCAUCUCUAGGAUUUACAGAGAAUGGUCCGAAAAAGAGAAAAUAUCUAGUGAGCGGCAGUUCUCUGGGCGAAAAUGUCUUGUUGAUGGCAGAGGUCAGUGGAGAAUGACCAGACUGGUUCGAGCUGAUAGAAAGGCAACAGUAACUCAAAUAACCACUUGUUACAACCGAGGUAUGCAGAAGAGCAUCUCUGAAUGCACAACACGUCGAACCCUGAAGCAGAUGGGCUACAGCAGCAGAAGACCACACCGGGUGCUAUUCCUGUCAGCUAAGAACAGGAAACUGAGGCUACAACUGGCACGGGCUCACCAAAAUUGGACAAUAGAAUAUUGGAAAAACAUUGCCUGGUCUGAUGAGUUCUGCUGCAACAUUCAGAUGGUAGUGUCAGAAUUUGGCGUAAACAACAUGAAUGCAUGGAUCCAUCCUGCCUUGUAUCAAUGGUUCAGGCUGGUGGUGGAGGUGUAAUGGUGUGGGGGAUAUUUUCUUGGCCCCUUAGUACCAAUUGAGCAUCGUUUAAGCGCCACAGCCUACCUGAGUAUUGUUGCUGACCAUGUCCAUCCCUUUAUGACCACAGUGUACCCAUCUUCUAAUGGCUACUUCCAGCAGGAUGACAUGUCACAAAGCUCAAAUCAUCUCAAACUGGUUUCUUGAACAUGACAGUGAGUUCACUGUACUCAAAUGGCCUCCACAGUCACCAGAUCUUAAUCCAAUAGAGCACCUUCGGGAUGUGAUGGAACGGGAGAUUUGCAUCAUGGAUGUGCAGCCGACAAAUCUGCAGCAACUGCGUGAUGCUAUCAUGUUAAUAUGGACCAAAAUCUCUGAGGAAUGUUUCUAGCACCUUGUUGAAUCUAUGCAGUUAUUCUUAAAGCAGUUCUGAAGGCAAAAUGGGGUCCAACCCAGUGAGUGUAUGAAUUAAAACACAACCCCAUAUUACUCCCAAUAUUUUCAGAUUUGUCCAUUAUUCUACUGUUGUGGUUCACUGAAACGAAUAAAAUGAAUAUAGUUUUACACAUCAAUAUUAGUAAAAAUACAACACAACCUAGUUAAUUAACCCUCUAAAACGUCAUGUUUCCAAUGUCCCUCAUUGUGGUUCUGUGCUCACUCCACUCCAGAAUAUUUGAUAAUAAUAUGAUUAAUAAUCAAUUAAGAUUAAUUGAUGAAUUAGCAUAUUCAUCAGCAGGGCAAGCCACACUGUAAAAAGUACAGAAUACUAAAAAUUUCAAGCCAAUUUAUUUCACUAAAUGUUUUAGUUUUGAGCAGAAUUUAGAUUUUUAAACUUUGUGGUCAAUUUAUGCUAUUGAACAACAAUUAUUAUAAAACCUUAAAACCUGCCUUUAAAUUUUCAGUAUUUUAGCUUUUUUGACAGUGCAUAAUAUAAAAGAAACAAAUGUAUAACAGUCAAAAACAGCACGCCAUAAUUAGGUGAAAAACGGGUUGGUGCUUUUGCCAAAAAAAAAAGAACAUGGCAGUUGUUGAUGUCGAAGUUUCACUUAAUUUUGUCCACCCCUGUAUGUUCUUGCUUAUUUUUUUACCCCACAAACACCUUUAUUUUUACAUUGGUUCUGUGUAAAAUUAUUAGUCUCAUGAACUUGGUUUUGUAUUUGAAUGAAGUAAUAAAAAGUAAUCGAAUCUCG